AAGAGCAUUUGUUUUUAUCUCGAUUUCGAUCGCUAACUUCGGAUCUUUGCGCUAUGGUGCUCUCUAAGCCCAAUUUAGGUCUUUGCAACUCGCUACAUUUUGUCAGUUUGGUGAUUUCGGUCUUGACUCUGUCGCUACUUUUUGCCGGAUUUUUAAGAAUCGAAGUAAAAUUGCAAGAACAGGAAGCACGAAUGGGCACAAUGGAGCUUCUCUGUCGUGAAAGAAGACAAGAUGCGUCGCGUAAAAGUACAGCAAACGUCGAAGGAAAGUUGGAUAUUUAUUCCAGUGAGGCCAACACGAGAACCCGCCGCGCGGCCGCUGGACUUGCAACGAACAUCAGUAACGACCAAAGCAACGACCUGUUGAAAAUAAGAAACGAGAUCAAAAGUUAUUUUGAGAAGAUAAGAAAAGAGAGUAAUCGUGUUUGCACAUCACCUCUUGGUUCGAUUUGCCUUCGUGGUCCCCCCGGAGAUCCUGGGUCCAAAGGAGAAAAAGGCGAUACGGGAGACAUCGGAGGGUUAGGUCCCCCUGGGGCUAAGGGGCAGAAAGGAGAGAGAGGAGCCCAAGGAUAUCCGGGAGUACCCGGAGAGUCGACGGUGCUUGAUAACAAGGAAGGGUCGCUACAGGUGCUCGUGUCUCCUUCGAUUUUGACGGUGAAUGAAAAUCAGACUGCGAGGUUUCAUUGUGCUGCUUCUGGUGACCCGACGCCUACUGUUACAUGGCGGAAAGAGGGAGAAGUACUCAAAGGUGAUACCAAAUACCACGUGCUGCAAGAUGGCGGGUUAACCAUCACGAAUGUUCAAUACAACGACAGCGGUGAUUACGAAUGUGUUGCGAGGACAAAUGUGAAACGAGCCGAGGCCUUCACGAAACUUGUUGUCCGAGGAACACCUCAAAUUAAACCGUUAACUCAGGGCUCAGUUUACGUCAUUGACGGAAGUGACGUCACACUUCCGAUGUGCAUUGCGACCGGCUUUCCGUCACCGAUCAUCACGUGGUCUCGACUCUUCCAAAGUCUUCCAGAAAGACGCAUUCAAUCAAUGGAUGGAAAUCUAACCAUCGUUAACACCACAGCGGAUGAUUCCGGAAUGUACACGUGCGAAGCUGCGAAUGCUAUCGGCAGCGCCCGAGUGAUGAUACAACUGAUGGUGUUGACACUCCCUAGAUUCACUGUAAAACCUCCAACGGAACUCGUAGGCAACACAGGCGAUGUACUGACAAUUAACUGCAAGGCAGAGGGAGACCAAACUUUGUCAGUCACAUGGAGCCGCGAGUACGCUGACCUUCCUGAUCGGAGGGCCACUGUCGGUGAGGAUGGAACCUUGACAAUCAUUCAGCUGGCACCAAUCGAUGCUGGGAAGUAUAUCUGUACUGCGACCAGCUUGGGAGGAGCCAUGAAAAUUAACGCUGAAGUGAAUCUCGCUGUCAUGCAGAAGGGUUUGAAGGAAGGUAUUUGCCCCAUUCCUAUCCCGGUCGAAGAUUGCGGAAAUGAGACUGAUGACGAGUGUAGUUUGGAUUCAGAUUGUUUUGGUGAAAUGAAAUGCUGUUCGGAUUCUUGUCAGAAGCUGUGUGUUCAGCCUCCACAAACGAGAGGAUGUGAUGAUAUCCUUUAUGCUGGCUACAGCACUAGUGGUGUUUAUACAAUCAACCCUGACAGAAAAACAGAGUUUGAGGUGUAUUGCGACCUAGAGACGGACAGUGGAGGAUGGAUUGUGUUCCAAAGGCGACAGGAUGCAUCUGUCAGCUUCCACCGUACAUGGAACGACUAUAGAACGGGUUUCGGAGACCUUGGGAAGAAUUUCUGGCUAGGAAAUGACAAAAUUCAUCGGAUCACCGCAGCAAAUGAGAUGUCGCUGCGAAUCGAGCUGGAGGAUUGGAGUGGAAAAAAAGUUUUCGCUCAUUACGACGUGUUCAAGGUAAACAACGAAAAGAACAACUACAAGAUCACCGUCAUUGGUUACAAUGGUACAUCCGGGGAUUCCUUGAGUUACCAUAACAACAUGAUGUUCAGCACCAGAGACAGGGAUAACGACAUGUGGAAGACGGGAAGCUGCUCAAAUGACCUGACUGGGGGAUGGUGGUUUAACGAUUGCCACAACUCAAAUUUGAACGGGCAGUUCAUGGGAAACACAAAAGCUUACAGUGGUAUUGGCUGGGUUCGAUUUAAACAUAACCUCUCCUUAAAGUUUGUGGAAAUGAAGAUGAGAGCUCAGUCCUACCUGAAAGAAAAAGAGGAUGAAAGGCAGAAAUGAGUCCAAUUUUUUUUUUGCAUAAAUUCGUGAAACAAUUUUGAGUGCAUUUAUAAGGUAUUUCUUACAAAAAAUGGAACGCGUAACUGUUUCGUCCACAAACAUAAGAGCUAAACCGUUAUGCCUCGCACUAAAUAACUAACAUUAUUAUAUCUCGCGGUUCGUACGUGGGCUAUAAUUAGUCAAUUAAGCGGGCUGUAUAUCACUGUACGGCCCGCUAAACUCAACGGUUUGUGGUCAAAACCACCUUGAAUAAUAUAAUGAACUGAAACAAAUGAAAAAACUUCGCUGCUUCCUUCAUUUGAAUAGUCAAACGCUGUGUCUCAUCCAUAGACUUUAAAGUUAGAAUUAAUUA